AUGAAUGCUAGAAGGGACUAUGGGGGCAAUAGGGCUGCUCUUUUUGAUGGCAUUGAGGAGGGUGGUAUUAGAGCGUCUUCUUCCUACUCCUCACAUGAAAUUGAUGAACAAGAGAAUGAUACGGCAAUGGAUGGGUUGCAGGAUCGAGUUAAUCUGCUGAAAAGAUUGUCAGGUGAUAUACAUGAGGAGGUGGAGAGUCAUAAUCAUAUGCUGGACAGAAUGGGCAACGAUAUGGAUGCUUCGAGGGGAAUUCUGUCUGGAACUAUGGAUAAGUUCAAAAUGGUAUUCAAGACCAAAUCAAGCCGGGGAAUGUUUACUCUAGUGGCAUCUUUCGUGGGCAUUUUUCUGAUUAUAUACUAUUUUACAAGGUAACUAAUGAUGAAUCAAGACUUAUGCUAGUUUUUGUUCAGAUCUGGGAGUACUCUCUUCACUUUGUUACUGUAAUCAAAGUAUAUGCCUGUAAAGUGUCAUUAUGGCAUGUGAGUGUUUUUUUUUUGGGUAAAGAUAAUUUGCAACGGACAAAUGAAGGUGUGGAAUGGAUAGCGAUUGCUAUGUCACAUUGUCGCUUGUGCUAGUUUUUGUUCAGAUCUGGAAAUACUCUCUUCACUUUGUC